CACAGUUCGAAAAGAAAUCUUGUAAGUAAUUCGGUGUAACUGCCGGGAAAAAGAUAUUCACUGAGAAAGUACUAGGGAAGCUCAGUCCAAAUGGCUCAACCCACACCAUCGGAAGACGGCGCGUUUGAGGAUGUCAGCAUCACAAGCAGCCAAGACUCUUUGCGCCAGUUUCGAAAUGACUUCUCGGGAUCUCAGACCAGUCGCCGCGAAGUCGUCAAGAGACUUCAUUUCACCGUCAAUCUGCCACCUGUCGGCGAGAAGCGUAUGAAGAAGCUCCAAAGUACCCGUGAAGCUGCCGCCAACAAUGCUGCCUUUACCCAAGCCAUCGUGGACCUUUUCCAAGGUCUAAGUGAUUGGGAGACAGGUGAAAUCACUCUCAUCGUAAGAGUCGCUUCCCCUUCGGAUACAGACGAGGAUCUGUUUGAUUCCUUGGAUAGCAGCCACUCUGGCAGCCCAAUAUGGGAUGUGCGUAACGACUUCAAGUACAUCAGUUUCGAUCAGAGUGUGGUUACUGCUUCGGGCCUCGCACAAGUUCGGGCCAUCUCCAACUUAGAUUUUCGGGAAGACUUCAGCAACGUAAAAAGACGACUCUACCCCGCCUGCAUCUCUAUCAUAUCCCAGGCACUCCCCAGCCUCAAAGCUCUGACGUGGGACUGCAUCAUGCCCUCACGCCGUCACGAGUCUUCAAGAAAGGAAAUUCGCCUUGCUCUCGCACAGACCUUGAAGCAUGGUACUUUCACCAAUCUCAAAAGCCUUGAAAUCUAUCUCGAAGAUCCAGAUCCGCUGAACGAUAGCUCCGACCCCGGGGCGUUUUGCCAGAGUCCCGAGGAAGACGCUCUUUCGUUGGGUAUCAGCAGAAUCUUACAGCUACCUGCAAUCGCCAAAGUGCAGCUCACAGGUCUCUGGACUAUUGCCCCUACAGCUUUUGAGGCGGCAACGGACUUCGGGUCCUUAUUAGAGUCGGUGAAUAUCGAGAGCAGCGGAACGACCCCUGAUGGGAAAUGGCUCAGCAUCGGGGAAGAAGAGGACGAUGUUUACCAGGAUGAGCCAGACUCAGACUCAGACGCCUCUGAGGCUGCUUUUGACUCUGCGGACUCGGAUACGUCCGACUUUGUUCCGGAGCAUGAAUGGGAACGAGAAGCAGGGAACUUUCCGGCGAACUCGUGGAGGACUUCGAUCGAUACCGAGGUUUUUGUGCCUUACAUACUAUCUCUCGUCAGAACCACACUCAAGAUGUCACCACUCCGGACUCUAAGAUACGAGAUUCAAACGCAGCCGUCGCCAUUCUUCGUCGAGUACUUUGCACCGGGGGUCGAGAAUGACUCGGCAAAAAGGGAGUCGAAUCACCGAGGAGAUUUCGAACGGGACAAUGCCAGCCGGUCAAGAUGGAUUCUCACGGUCGUGCAAGGCUUUGACCCGUCCUGGACAGUGCCUCCUGAUCUGAUCAGCGCGAUCGAGGAGACUGGUGGAUGCGUUUUAUGGGAUGGACCUGAUUCUUUUCAUUAGUCUCAUGCAGAUGAACUAAGGGGUUGACUCAUCGUCUCGUCUCUUUGUUACUUCAAGUGGAAUGUCUACGGUAUCUGCUGACCUGGUCAUGGAUUUGGAAAGGAUAGUUGAAAUUUGACGUUUCACAAUACACAUGUUGGAGCGAGUACCAGAGCCUUGAGUGUCUAUCCUCUUCGAUUACAAGGGUAUACUCCUAAACGAGUGCACAGGACACAUCGUGUUUGUUUUAUAGAUCUAGCUAGUUAAUGAAGCUAUCUACGGCA